AUGUCCGCAGCGCCCGCUCUCCAAGCCCGCUUGAAGGAACUUUCCACAACACUCGGCCAGAUUCAACCUCUAAUUGACCGAUUGCGCAACUUUACGGCUUCCAUCGGGCAAGGCGAUGAAGCGCGCCUGGAGCUCGGAGCAGAAAUACAUUCGCAGCUGAAAGAUGCUGAGGGUGAAUUGGAGCUCUUGCGCGGGGACAUUGAUGCGCUAGAUAAUGGCUCGGAGGGGAGGAGGAAAUCCUCCACUAAUGGAGGGGAGAAAGAGGCUGAGAAGGAGCGGGUGGUUGCGAUGGCGGGGCGAUUGGCGGAUGAUUUGAAGAGAACUCGGGGAGAUUUUCGAAACGCUCAAUUACAGGCCAAGCGGAAUGCUGAGCUUGCAAAGCGCAAGGAGCGUGAGUUAUUGUUGUCGAGGUCGCAAGAUUCAUCUGAGAAGCGGAAUCCUUCAGCGAAGUUUACGCAGGAUGAUUUGGUGUUGAAUGCUUCGAAUGAUGUGACCGCUGCUCUGCGCAGGACCCAUCACUUGAUGCAGGCUGAGCUGUCUCGGAGCCAGUUUGCUCAUGAGACACUUGAACAAUCAACGGCCGCCAUAUCUUCCCUGUCAGAGUCCUACACCAGCCUUGAUACGCUCCUCGCAAACUCUCGCAGCCUCGCAAAUUCUCUCCUCCGUUCUCAAAAAUCCGAUACAUGGUACCUCGAGACGGCGUUCUAUAUUCUCGUCGGAACUAUCUCUUGGCUAGUUUUCCGCCGUGUUCUCUACGGUCCCAUGUGGUGGCUCGUUUGGCUUCCGUUCAAAUUCGCCAUGCGCUUCGUUUUCGCUAUCCUGGGAGCCGUCGGAAUAUCAAAGGGGUCCAAUGAACUUGCUUCUAGCUCAGUUGCUAGCGAUAUAACUGCGACCAUCCAACAGGCUGCUACUGCCGUGACAAGGGCAGCCGUCUCGAGUGGUGAUGCAUGGGAGAAUGAGACACCUGAUGAAGCCCAGCAGGAUCGUAUCAUUGAUAAGAUUGGGCGCAUGGUCGAGGAUGGACAGUGGGAUGGAACCAAUAUUGAUGAUAUCUCGGCUGAAGAGAUGGAAAGGCAAGAUGAGAUACCUCGCAACCCGAAGAAGCGUAUGUAUGAGGAGCAAGUUGUGCGGGAUGAGCUCUAG